AUGGCCGCCUCUUCGGUCCAGGGAUUCUCCCUCUUCCCGACCACUGUUCCCAAGAUUCAAGUGCCAAAUCCUCACAAGAGAACACCGAGUCUCCACAGAGUCAGUGUAAUGCAAUCGCCACAAGCUAGCGUGUCACCAAGUGGCGAGUCAAUAGUCAUUAAAAUGGAGGAACAGCCCCCGAUGCCUCAAUUUCCUACCCACCUUCAGGAAGUUCGCCGAGAUUCGACCCCUUCGCCUGAAGAUAUUGGGCGGGCGGUGACCACUACGUCUCCCAUUGAUGGGAAGACACCUGCCCAACCGGUUAUACAAUCGUCUUCAGCAGCUUCAUCAGGAGCAGCAGUUACGUACACCCCUUCAAAUUAUCAUCCGUCAGCCUUUUCACCGCCGCUUUCCUCAUCUUUAGAGGUUGGAUCUGAAACGACUUUGGUGCAAAGCGUAUCAAAUGGUAAAUCCCCAGCAAAAGACCCAUCUCCAAUCGUGCCGAUUCGAUCCAUGUUCCCAACCUACGACCCGUCAGUCCCGCUCAAGCAACAGAACUAUGUCCCUCAGAGACCAAUACCUGCCUACUUGACUGGCAAUCUUUCGUUCGGACCUGUUGCCAGGGAAGAGUAUCGAAGUAGUCUUUCAACACCGUUUGUUACGCCUGGUCUGAGGAGUGGGCCUCCAAGUGUUGUCAACUUCCCGACCGAUGCUGUGAGCGUGAAUGGGAUAUCUAUGAUAUCUACCCAUCGCGAGUUGGAAAAGCUGUGGCAGGCCUCUCAUGGUACAGAGCCCGACAGCAGGCUCAGGACAUUUAAUCUGGAAAUGGCUCGAAUCGAUGAAGCUACAUUUGUCUUCGGUGCUCAUCCAUCAUUGCCAUUUUAUACCCUUCAGACAUACGAUACUAACGAGAUCGCCGUCUCGAAAACGUCACCUCGCAAAGCCUCCUCAACUCACGACAUUGUUCUAUGUCCCAUAGAGCCUGCAUCACGUCGGCUCCCGCCGAACGACGGUCUUGUGGCAUUUAUCUUUCCGAAGCUCGCUGCGAUGCUCGCGAUAAAUCAAUCCGCUGCCUUGGCAAAGGAGCAUAACCUAGCCCCAACUGACCGAGACGAUAUUGAGGCCCAAGCUGUCCGCAGGGCUGCGAGACAGGAAGCCUGCAAUCUACGAUUCAACACCCGGACAGGGAAUUACGAGCUGGAACAUCCUGCCAUUGGCCGUGGUUCGAUGGCAGAAGACUUCGCGUUGAAAUCUCCUGUUCCAGCCUCCCCAACCACCAUCCGAUCCAUGACGGGCAAGCCGGUCCUACUUAUCACCGUCAACACGGAUGGUCCUCUACCGUGUAUCUCUGUGACGGAUCCUAAUGCGUCAAGCCGCACUGGUGGAAUUAUAACCCCGCAGGCAUCAGCCGGUGCAGGAAUUCGUCGCUUGUCGACUAUUCCCCAAACAGAUACCUCGACGGAUAGCUCAGUACUCGCCUCACUCGACCUGACGACCGAAAUCCUCCACCUGGAUGCCAAUGCAAUACUAGAAUUAAUGCCUUCGCUAUUUAGUAUCGACUGCAUCGUCUCCGCCAUCCUUGCCAUAGCGAUCGGAGAUGCGAAAACCAACCUUACCCUAGGUGGUAUGGAGAUCUGGAAACCACGACCCGCACCACCCAGCAGAUUAGGCAAUACCGCAGGCCCUCCAUCCGUCUACCAUGCUGCUCUCGGCUCACGGUCAGGCUUAGGCAACCGGCCUGGCAGUGUGAGAAGCUACUCAGGAAGCGUAUUCUACGCCACAAUCGCCGAGCGUCAAGAAGCCGAGGAAGAAGCCAAGUUAAUGCGCCAGAACCACGAACGUGACGUUCGCGGCGCCGGAUGUUCCCAGGGCAGCAAAGGCAAGGCCCGAACGUGGUUCGGACGCUUCAAACAACCUCUCGACUCAGACGUUGAGGAAGGUGGGACAACAAGUCCAGAAGAUUUCGAAAAGUCUAUCACAGCUGAUACGUCGGAGUCGGCGCGUGACAACAAAGCGAAGAAGAAGAACAAAAACAAGAAGCCCAAAAAACCCAAGAAAGUCGUAGUGUCCGAGUUCGACCUGGAGAAGCUCGGCCACUAUCAGUCCGGUGAGCGCAAAGGCCAGGAGUUGCCGGCCGUGACGAGAUCGGCGCUCGGGGGGCUGGUCAUGGCUCUGAGGCUGUUCGUGUGGUUCCUCACAAAGCUCGUGCAUUUUAUUGCCUGGUUGUUGGUCAAUGUGUCAAGGGCCGUCACAAGUGAGAAGUUUUGA